AUGUGUUUUUGGCCACACAUUGAGGACCAGUGUUGCCGACAAUCGCCGCAAACCGAUAGGAACCGCUCUCUACUGGUGAUCACCCGUCGAUUGGUCCGAGAGUUGACGGUUUCCACACACUUGUGGUCAUACAAUGGCUGUGAUGACAGACCCCAAGAGAUCGCAACUAACUUGCUGAGCGCCGUUGGGCUUCCGCGACAACAUUUGCGCUCAACGUAUGCAUCAGUGCUGUUGAAGAGAGCAGUCAGUCCUGUCAGUCCACUGCCAUCACAGCACUGGUUAUCGCCGACAGCGCUCAACACAUCACAUCCACAUCACAUCUUACAUAACACAACCACUGGUUGGCAAGAAAACCAGUAUUGGCUAUACUUUCUUAGUUGGCCGGAGGCGUCCCAUCGCCACAACCACUGCUUCCUGGAGUCAGAGCCCAUCCGAUCCCUCCAAUCCCUCCACCAAUAUAUCAACACUCGUUAUAAGACGAUCCGUAAGUGUUUUUUCCGAGUCUUUUCCUAA